UAUUUAAUUGUGGGCGAUCUUUAUUCGAGGUGUCAUUUUAUCACCGUUUCAGCAAGCGAGUAGAACGGUUAGGAAAGUCAAGUGCGAGUGCAACGCGUGAAUAGGUAGCGUCCAGGAAUUUCAACGAAAUAUACUAAUUCACAUAAGAAGCGCUGAUUGUGAAUUGAUUGUACUCCAAACAAAUGUAAGAAAAUGGAAGUGAUAUUUACAAUCAACGGGAAGCUUUACAAAGUAAAUCCGCACAAUGUCCCAGUAGACACAUCCCUCGGUACUUUCAUACGAAAAAAUGCCCAACUCAGUGGAACCAAGAUGGUUUGCCGUGAAGGUGGAUGUGGCGCAUGUAUCGUCAACGUAAAAGGAGAGCAUCCAGUGACAAAGGAACGGCAAAGCAGAGCCAUUAAUUCAUGUCUUUUCCCGGUGUACUCAUGUCAUGGUCUGGAUAUCGUAACGGUAGAAAGUGUCGGCAACAAGACAGACGGAUUCCACGCAGUCCAACGACGUCUGGCUCAUUUAAAUGGAACUCAGUGCGGAUUCUGUUCCCCCGGAAUGGUAAUGAAUAUGUAUGGUCUGCUGGAAUCUACCAAAGGCCAACUCACAAUGGAGGAUGUAGAGAACUCGUUCGGUGGCAACCUCUGCCGAUGUACGGGCUAUCGACCGAUUCUGGAUGCUUUCAAAUCAAUGGCCAUAGAUGCGGAUCCCAAGCUGAUUCAGGCCGUUCAAGAUAUUGAAGAGCUGCCGAAAAUUUGUCACAAUACUGGGAAGCGUUGCAUGGGUUCGUGUGGUGCGGUGUCCAAAAAAGGAAUUCAUUUGGUUUUUGAUGACGAACGAGAGUGGCAUAAGGUUUACAGUGUCGAGGAUGUGUUUGCAAUACUGGAAAAUGUUGGAAACAGAACUUACAUGUUAGUAGCUGGAAAUACGGCGCAUGGUGUUUACCGUAGAGAUGCAAAUAUCCAAGUUUUCAUUGACAUAAACUCAAUUGAAGAACUGAAAUUUCACUCGGUCGGGAGCAACCUGACAGUCGGCACGAAUGUAACUCUAGCGGAGCUAAUUGUCAUACUGAAUGAGGUUGCUUCGAAAUAUCCUCAGUUUAAGUAUUGCAAAAAUUUAUCGAAACAUAUUGACCUAAUAGCUAAUGUUCCGGUGAGGAGUUCCGGAACAAUCGCUGGGAAUCUAUGUAUUAAAAACCAACACGUAGACUUCCCAUCCGAUCUUUAUCUUAUUUUUGAAGCCGUCGGAGCCAAACUGACCAUAGCUGAAAUCGGCGGUGGAGUUAGUACUAUCUCUGUUCUUGAUAUCUGCACACUGAAUAUGAGCAAGAAAAUUGUAUUGAAUGUCAUUCUUCCACCGUUGGAUUCAACAGUGCAUGAGUUUCGAUCUUUUAAGAUAAUGCCUCGAGCACAGAGCGUCCAUGCAUACAUCAACGCGGCUUUUCUGUUCAAAUUCAAUGCUCAAAAAUGGAUAAUAGAAACUGCUUCCGUUUGCUUUGGCGGUAUCGGUUCACAAUUUACACAUGCUGUCAAAACCGAGAAGCUCAUGCGCGGGAAAAAUAUAUUUUCAAAUGAAGUAUUGCAAGACAUCCUCAGCACUCUAACACAUGAGUUGGAAAAAGAAUCACCACCAUCAAAAUAUCACCAACAGCUUGCCGUUUCACUUUUGUACCGCACAAUCCUAAGCAUCUCCAAUGACAGACAAAUUGCACUGAGUUCCCGCUAUCAAUCGGGUGCCACAACUCUGCACAGAUCACUCUCCACUGGGCGGCAAGAGUUUCAAACUAUUGAGAAGAACUGGCCAAUGACUAAGAAUAUUCCUAAAGUCGAAGGACUGACCCAAACAGCCGGUGAAGCCAAGUACAUAGAGGAUCUACCAGUGAUACCCAACGAGCUCUACGGUGCUCUCGUGCUAGCUACCUGCCCAAGAACUGAAAUCGUAAAAAUCGAUCCUUCCGUCGCGUUACAACUAGCAGGUGUUCAAGCCUUCUACUCCGCCGGAGACAUCCCGGGAAGAAACGAUUUUAUGCCAACCGAGCUAGAUAACCCUGAAACAGAAGAGAUCUUCUGCAGCGGCAAAGUCCUGUACUAUGGACAACCGAUCGGAAUUAUUCUAGCGGAAACAUUCGAACUGGCCCAUCAAGCAGCAAAACUUGUACACAUCUCGUAUAGUGAGACAGAUGGCAAACCGAUAUUACCAACCUUGAAAGACGUACUAGCAGCCAAUGCCACCGAUCGUCUUCACGAUCAACCUUACGAUAAGGAGGGUGUAGACUACGGCAAAAUCGUUAAACCGUUCACGAAACUUGCCGGUCGCUUUGAGUUACCCGGCCAGUUCCACUUUUCGAUGGAACCACAAACCUGUAUCUGUGUUCCGAUAGAAGAUGGGAUGAAUGUGUACAGCUCGACGCAGUGGGUCGAUCUGUGUCAAGUGGCAAUCGCUCAAGCACUAAACAUCCCGGAAAAUAGUUUGAAUUUCUACAUCCGUCGCUUGGGAGGAGCGUUCGGGGCUAAGAUUUCCCGAGCAUCGCAAAUCGCUUGCGCUUCUGCGAUUGCUGCUCACUUCAGCCAGCGACCGGUACGAUUGGUUAUGUCGUUGGAAUCGAACAUGGAAGCUAUCGGGAAGCGUGCUUCCUGUGUAAGCAAUUAUGACGUGGAGGUCAAUGAAAAUGGUCAAAUUACCAAACUGUUGAAUAAUUACGUAGAAGACUAUGGCUGUAGUUUGAACGAACCGGUCGAAAUGGUUACGGCUCAGUUUUACAAGAAUUGUUACGAUGCAAGCUGUUGGAAGCUAGUUGGCAAAGCAGCAGUUACGAAUUCGGCCAGCAAUACGUGGUGCCGUGGACCUGGAACAAACGAAGGAAUCACGAUGAUCGAGAAUAUCAUGGAGCAUAUAGCACAUGUAUUGGACAAAGAUCCAAUAGCAGUUCGGCUGGAGAACAUGAGUCCAGAUUGCAAGAUCAGGGAAUUGAUUCCGGAAUUUCUGAACAGUGUAGAAUACCGCAAACGGAAACUUCAAAUCGACCAGUUCAACGAAGCGAAUCGUUGGAAGAAACGUGGAAUAGCGGUAGUUCCGAUGCAAUAUCCGCAAGCAUUUUUCGGACAAAUGAACGCGCUAGUGUCGAUUUAUCAUGCGGAUGGGACGGUGUCUAUCACGACAGGAGGAAUUGAUUUUGGACAAGGAGUCAACACUAAAAUAACCCAGGUUGCUGCCCAUGUUUUGGGCAUUCCAAUAGCAAUGAUCAGUAUUAAAGCAAUGAACAAUCUUACAUCUCCAAAUGCAACGGUUUCCGGUGGAAGCAUGACUAGCGAUGCAGCGAGUUUUGCUGUGAAAAAGGCUUGCGAAAUUUUGGUGAAGCGCAUGGAACCGAUUCGGCGUAGUUUUCCCUAUGAGUCCUGGGAACAAAUCACGAAACGCUGUUACAAAGAAAAUUUAGAUCUGUGCGCAAUGUCCCAGUACAAGCAUGGAGAUAUCAAGGACUACAGUGUUUGGGGCUUGUGUUGUGCUGAGGUAGAAGUCGAUGUGUUGACGGGAAACUUGCAGAUUACCCGGGUAGACAUUCUGGAGGACACUGGAGAAAGUAUCAGUCCGGGUAUCGAUAUAGGUCAAAUCGAGGGAGCAUUUGUCAUGGGAAUCGGUUUGUAUUUUACAGAAAAUUUGAUCUACAGUAGAACGAAUGGUCAACUACUCACGAACAGAACGUGGAACUAUCAUUUACCUGGAGCUAAAGAUAUUCCGAUUGAUUUUCGGGUGAGAUUACUGCACAAUACAUUCAAUGAAAAUUUUGUGCUAAGGUCUAAAACGACCGGAGAACCAGCGCUGAAUUUGACCGUGGCAUUGUUGUUUGCACUGCGACGGGCGUUAAAUUCUGCACGGAAGGACGCUGGAUUGCCGAAAGAUUGGUACACAAUGGUUACUCCAUCGACACCAGAACAAAUCUGCCUGCUAACGGGAACCAAACAAAGCCACUUCAAACUUCACUAGGCGUGUAAUUCUUCCAACUAUUUACUAUUUAUGGUGUUUGGUAAACGCAUUCAAUAAAGUUGAUCCUUGGUAUACAACGAAUCCCACAA